AUGAACUCCAAUGCUAGCCUAGAAAGAGCAGUAACCCCCGCCCUCACUAUCCAAUACAACACAUCCGUCACCGGCCCCUGGUCCCAAACCUGCUGGACCCGCGCCGCAGGCUACAUCCUCCCGCCAACCGUCACCGAGCUCACGCAAGCCCUCGCGAUCCUCAAGGACACCCACACAAAAUUCGCUCUCCGCUCGACGGGCCACAACCCCAACGCCGGGUUUAGCAGCGCGGAUGGAUCGGCGCUCGUCCUGGAUCUCAGCCGGUUUCGGGAUAUGGAGCUCACUGCGGAGAGAGUUGCACGGGUCGGGGCCGGGUGCACCUGGGGCGAGGUGUAUGGGUGGUUGGAGGCACGGGGGUUGGAGGCUGUCGGGGCGAGGCAGGUGCAGGUUGGGGUGGCGGGGUUUGUUCUCGGAGGCGGAAUGGGGGUGUUUCCGAAUCUGUAUGGGACGGGGGGCGGAUGGGGUCCGGAAUUUCGAGUCAAUGCUCACGCCCACGAAAACCCCGACCUCUACCGGGCCCUCAAAGGCGGAGGCACCAACUUCGGCAUCGUGACGCGGUUCGACCUCGAGACCCACCCUCUACGCCCCAUCCAAUAUACCAUCGACCUCUACAGCCCUGAUGAUUAUAUGGACAUCAAUAAAGCCACGGCGGCGGUCCAGAUGGCCAUGGAGGAGGACCCGAAGAUCGGACUGUUCACGAACUUCAACGACGGCGUUGUCGCCGUGGGCAUGUUCUACGCCGAUCACCACCCAGCUGCAUCAUCACCGUCCGCUUCUGCGUCCGCCUUCACGCCCUUCCACGACCUCCACCCCCGGAAAACGGGGACGGCGCUGCCCACCACAACUGGCACGCUCCUCUCGCUCACCAGAGUCAUGGGCCACGCCCAAGAUCUACCGGGGAAGCGAGCGAUUACCUCCGUGACUACGCGGGUCUCACAUGAUCUGUAUGACCGGGUCUAUCUGUGCUGGACGCGGGUGCGCGCGACGCUGCCCGCUGGCUGUGUGCUGCACUAUACGAUCCAGCCGAUGGGCACGGCGGGCGAGGCUGGGGUGGAGGUUGAUGCUGCGGCGCACCGGGCGGUGCGGACGAUGGCGGAGAUGGUGGAGGCUCUGGCGAGGAAAGAGGGGGUGUAUCUCGAUUUCAAGUGUAUGAAUUUUGCGGAGGCGGGGCAGAAGGUGCUGGGGAGUUAUGGCGCGAGGAAUGUGGAGCGGAUGCAGGCGGUGGCGGAGGAGUAUGAUCCUGAGGGCUUUUGGCAGGGCUUGCUGUUUGGGGGGUUUCUUUUGCGGGAGAGUUGAGUGUACCAGUGCUCGGUCUAUAUUAGCUGUUGUCCUUUUCGUCGGUGUCAGGUCUUUAGUGGAAUCUGUAUGGACUGGCAUCCUCAAAGUCGAGGCACUUCGUGACGCAGGAAAAUCAUGCCUGGGGCUCGGCGUCGAACACAUGUUGAAGAUAGCUUUUCAGCUGCGAUGCAUCCUAUGUCCCGGCCCCAAAGAAAUGGUAUAACC